AUGAAGACCAUGAAUCUCGUCCAAGUCGACUACAAGGAAGUUGAAAAAGACUGUCGGAAUCCUCUGGGGUUGUUCAUGCGGUUGGAUGGAUGCUCGCCCAAGGAUGGCCGUCAAACUAUACUGGGAAGAUUGUCGCUGCACUCAUCAAACGAUAUCAUUAUUCGAUUGACUACGUCACAACGAGUACCCAGCGAAAUGAUAAAAAGUCUCGAGGAAGGAAUGCCUACUGUUAAACUUUUCUUUCUUCCCUUUAUUGAUCGUAUGAGGAGCAAAAGAGAAUACCGAGUGUACUGUGCACCAGUGACAGGGACCAUUACAGCAGUUAGUCAAUAUUGCUGGCAUCAACCUUGGCUUUUCGCGACUCAAGACCCGGAGAACAGCCGCAAGGUGGCAUCAAACAUCUGGAACAGCAUCCAGAAGAUUCACCAAGAUAUCAUGGAAGACCUAGAUCUAGCAAAUCGGAUGGAUCAGCUCCUGUUGGAACAAGGAUAUUCUUUGGACGUGUUCUACGAUGAGAGAGAAGAGAGCUCGAGCCUUGUCGAACUGAAUGUGUUCGGAACAAGGAGCGGAUGCGGAUCUUGCCUGUUUCACUGGAUCGAUGAUCUGAAUAAACUGAUUACCUUCAAAGUCAAGACACCUCGUUUCGAGUACAGUAGCAGCAAAGAGGACCCACUCUAG